ACAACAUUAGUUUCUUGGAAAAACCUUGGAAAGUCAGGUUUAAAGAUUUCAAAUAUCAUCAUUGGCUGUAUGGGCUACGGUACAAAGAAAUGGGAAUCUUGGGUUCUAGAUGAUAAGAAGGAGGUUUUCAAGAUUUUAAAAAAAGCUUAUGACCAUGGUAUUAGAACUUAUGACACUGCUGAUACCUAUAGUAAUGGGUUAUCUGAAAAGAUCUUAGGUGAAUUUUUGAAAGAGUACAACAUUAAAAGAGACAAGGUGGUUAUUAUGACCAAGUUUUGGGGUCCUGUUGAUGAUUCUUAUCCGGAAGGUUAUAAGGGAAUCAUGGUAGAUUUGUUCGGUGCCCCAAUUGAUAAGAUCAACUUUGCCAACAAUAGAGGUGCUUCCAGAAAGCAUAUUAUUGAUGCCGCUAAGAAUUCUUCCGAAAGAUUAGGUACUUAUAUUGAUGUUUAUCAACUUCAUAGAUUUGACAACAAUACACCAAUUGAGGAAACUAUGAAGGCUUUGAAUGAUGUUGUUGAUGCUGGUUAUACUAGAUAUAUCGGUGCUUCAACUAUGAGAGCUGUUGAUUUUGUUGAAAUGCAACAUGUUGCUGAAAAGAAUGGAUGGCACAAAUUCAUUUCAAUGCAAAGUUUAUACAACUUGUUGCAAAGAGAAGAUGAAGUUGAAAUGAACUACUACUGUGAUAAGACUGGAGUUGGUUUGAUUCCAUGGUCUCCUUUAAUGGGUGGUGUUCUUGCUAGACCUGUUCCAAAAGAUGAAUCAGACAAGUCAGAAAGAACUAAAACAUCCAUGUUUAGAAAAAGAUUCGAAGCCAUGGAUAUCACAUCCGAAUCAAAAAAUCAAGAUUCAAGUAUUGAGAUUAUUAACAGAGUCAGCGAAGUCGCAGAGAAGAAAGGUACAUCCAUG